AACACGGCAGGCAGGGAAUCAGGCAACAUGGGAGAGAACAAUACGGAUAACUUUGCGGAUGCCGUUCCGGAGUACACGGAUCCAACAAACGGUUUUAAGAGCACCAUGCAGCUAAUGACGGACACGCAGGAUAGCGAAGACACGAGAAUCGACUUGAAUGAGAAGGGUAGGUCACCCAAGCAGCUGCCCUGGUACUAUGGGCCGGUGUAUCUGCUGUUUUGGGUGGGUCUCUUCUUCGCCGUCGUCUAUCCCCUCUUCAACCACCUGCCCACGGGGGUCAAAGUGGAGGAGGAGUCCGCCAAGGCAGGCAAAUUUGUGGCACAACGAGCAGAGACCACUUUGCUAAAAAUCGAUCUGAUGGGUCCAAAAAUCGCUGGCGACUAUGUGACCGAGGUACUCAUGGUUCAGUUACUCCUCGAAGAGAUAGAAAAGGUGCGUCAGGAGAUGCGACAGGAUCUCUAUGAGCUGGAAGUGGACGUGCAGAGGGCACAAGGCGCCUUUCUCCACUGGCAGAUGAUAAACAUGUACCAGGGCAUCCAGAAUGUGGUCGUCAAGCUGAGCGCCAAGAGCUCCAACAGCACAUCUUACCUGCUAGUCAACAGCCACUACGAUUCCAAGCCCAGCAGUGUGGGCACCGGAGAUGCUGAGUUCAUGGUGGUGUCCAUGCUGGAGGUGCUCCGCCUGAUGGCCAUAUCUGACGACCCUUUCCUACAUCCCAUUGUCUUCCUCUUCAAUGGGGCCGAGGAGCAACCGUUUCAUGGCUCGCAUGGAUUCAUCUCGCAGCACAAGUGGUCCGCCAACUGCAAGGCUCUCAUCAACUUGGACUCCGCUGGCUGUGGCGGUCGUGAGCUCCUCUUCCAGGGGGGUCCCAACCAUCCGUGGCUAAUGAAGCAUUACAAAAAGAGUGCCAAGCAUCCGUUUGCUACCACAAUGGCCGAGGAGGUCUUCCAGGCUGAUCUUAUACCCUCGGACACAGAUUUCCGCAUGUUCCAUAACUUUGGACCAGUUCCAGGUCUGGAUUUGGCGGGCGUCUACAAUGGCUUUGUAUACCACACGAAAUUCGAUCGCUUCAGUGCGGUGUCCAGAGACUCGCUGCAGAACACUGGGGACAAUGUUCUGUCCCUGGUACAGAGUAUCUCCAAUGCUGAGGAAAUGUACGACACUGAGGCACACUCUGAAGGCCAUUCGGUGUUCUUCGACUAUCUGGGCCUCUUCUUCGUGUACUACAAAGAGUCCACGGGCGUGGCACUUAACAUUUGCUUCUCCCUGGCGGCAAUAAUUCUUGUCUGCCUCUCGCUGUGGCGCAUGGCCAGGGUGACGGACCAAAAAAUUGGCACCUAUGCCGGCGCCUUUGGAAUUAUGUUUCUGCUGGCCAUCCUGGGAUUCCUUCUCGCCCUGGGCCUCCCCCUGCUCAUGUCCGUGUUUUAUGACUCAAGCGAUCGCACUAUGACCUACUUUACAAACAGUUGGCUGGUCAUCGGUCUGUUCAUUUGCCCCUCCGUGAUCGGCCUUGUUCUGCCGAUGACGCUCUACCUGUCUCUUCGACCAAGCGAGAAGAUCCCGCACGCCUACCACCUGCAGAUCGCGGGACACGCCUACUGCAUCUUUUUGGUUGUGCUCUGUAUACUACUCACGGUGGCCAGCAUUCGCACUGCCUACCUCUUAUUGAUCUGCAUUUUCUUCUAUGUGUGCGCUCUCAUUAUCAACCUGCUGAGUCGUCUCCAUGAUCGAGGCUACCUUUGGUCCCUGGUUCUGGGCGCUUGCCAGAUACUGCCGUAUCUCUACUUCACCUACUUGUUCCACAGCUUCCUGGUCAUCAUCAUACCCAUGACCAGUCGCAAAGGCAUGGAAUCGAACCCGGACAUGUUCGUUGCACUUCUGUCUGCCUUAGGUUCGAUCUUGUCAAUGAUUUUUGUGGCCCCUCUGAUUAAUCUGUUCCGACGACCCAAGAGCAUGAUAGGCGGCCUUGCGCUGGUUAUGUUCAUAUUCUGCAUGAUCUCCGUCUCUGAAGUUGGAUUUCCUUAUCGGGCCAAAACAAAUGUUAUGCGUCUGCACUUUCUGGAAGUGCAUCGAAAGUUCUACGAGUACGAUGGAUCCCUUAGCCUGGAGGACAGCGGCUACUACUUUGACCUGCAGGACAGACGCCUGGAGGAGCCGCUGCGUGACAAGAUCAACCUCACAGGAUUCACGCGCCUCGACGAAGAAUGCAAGAAGGAGAUGAAGUGUGGCAUGCCCUGCUUCAACCACCGCUGGUGUGCCGCAGUGGAAGAUGCCCACUGGCUGCCCCGCGAUGAGCUCGUCGAACUGCCCGAUGUCCCCACCGUGCUGGAGCUGCUGAACAAAACCGUUCUAGUAGGGGAGUUCGAUACACGAGUUCGAUACGACUUCAAAGUGUCGGGUCCGCCUAGGAUGAGUCUGUUCGUGAUGCCCCUUGAUGGGGUGAAGAUCCUAAAGUGGUCCUUCCUAAUGGGAAUGCUGGAUAACCCGGCCAUCUACAAACCGCCGUAUCACAUCUUCUUUGGCUACGGUAGCGACGACUCACCAGUUGAAUUCUACUUCGAGCUGAGGAAAGACGAUGCCAACUUUGACGUGCCCCUGUUUAAGCUGGGCGUCUCCGGGCAUUACAUGAGCCACCUCAACAAGCGGGAUGCGGCCACCCAGAAGUUCCUGGAUGAUCUUCCCGAUUUCGCCCAUCCCAUGGAAUGGCCGACCUCCUACGAGCGAUAUAUAUUCUGAGAAUUCCUAGUGUAGAGUUGUGCUAUGUACAUAUGUAUGAAUAAACGAUUAGUAUAA